UUCGCAGUUCGCGGUUCUCUCUAUCGAAACCACUUAUGGCGCCUUUUACAAUUAUUGAAUCGCGCUAGGGUUUCACACUCUCUUGUAACCUCCCACUUUCACUUUGUGUUUGAUUCGAUCCCAUUUUCUGGGGUUUUCUUUUUUCGAUCCUCAUUUUUUCAGCAAAACGAAAUAAGAAGAGAACAACAACAAUGGCGGGGUCACUGACGCCAGGGGCCAUAAAAGAAAUAUGCGGUGCCAAUUGUUCCAGUAGUUUGAAACCAGUGUUGCAAGUUAUAGAUUUGAAGCUGGUGCAGUCGCAACAAGCCAAUAACACCGAGAGGUACCGGCUGGUUCUAUCUGACGGUUCCUUUUACCAGCAAGGCAUGCUCGCCACGCAGAUGAACGAACUAGUUCAUUCUGCAAAGUUGCAGAAAGGUUCCGUCGUUAGGCUCACACAGUUCAUCUGCAACGAUGUCCAGAACCGCAAGAUCAUUGUCAUCAUUGACCUAGACGUUGUAGUGGAAAAGUGUGAGUUGAUUGGAGAACCUGUUGCGUUACCAAAAGAUGGAUCUGCAGAAUCGGGCACUGGUCAAUCAGGAGUCACCCCUGGAAAUUCACAAUCUUUGAAUAACCGUUCACACCCAGGCAGCAUUUCUGCUAGACCGAAUGUAGGCAGCAUGCCUGCUAGACCGAAUAUGGCCGUACCAUCUCCAGAUCAUCCAAGAAUGAAUGCUCCUGCCAGUAGUGUUUAUUCUGGUAUUUCCAACCCUGGAUCUAGUUAUUCUAGUAAUGCACCUCCUACAUAUCCUAAAGUAGAACCCGGAGCUAAUUUUUCUAGAUCAGCACCAUUUACUGGAUCUCAUGGUGAUCAGAACAUGGGUAUUCGUCAUCCCCAAUCUGAGACUUCAAGGACCUUGCCAAACUCUUUUUCUCGUGCACCUCAGCCUAUGUAUCGGCAACCAUCUCCAAUGUACACUAACAGAGGGCCAAUUGGAAAAAAUGAAGCUCCCCCUAGGAUAAUUCCAAUAGCAGCAUUGAAUCCUUACCAGAAUAUGUGGACAAUUAAAGCCAGAGUAACAGCUAAGGGAGAACUCAGGCACUAUAACAAUGCUCGAGGUGAUGGCAAGGUGUUUUCAUUUGACCUUUUGGAUUCUGAUGGUGGGCAGAUUCGGGCAACUUGCUUCAAUAGUGUGGCUGAUCAGUUCUAUAAUUUGAUUGAAGCUGGUAAGGUAUACCUAGUUUCCAGGGGAAGCAUAAAGCCAGCUCAGAAGAAUUUCAAUCACCUUCCCAAUGAUCAAGAGUUAACCCUUGAUAUGACAUCGAUCAUACAACCAUGCCCUGAUGAUGAUAACUCAAUUCCAAAGCAGACUUUUAAUUUUCGCCCCAUUAGUGAAAUUGAAAGUUUGGAAAGCAAUACCAUAGUGGAUGUGAUUGGUGUGGUGACUUCAAUUAGCCCUACAGCUUCGAUCAUGAGAAAAAAUGGUACUGAAACUCAGAAGAGAACACUCCAGUUGAAAGACAUGUCUGGCCGAAGUGUUGAGUUAACAUUGUGGGGAAAUUUUUGCAACGUGGAAGGACAAAGGCUGCAAAAUAUUUGUGAUGAUGGGAAAUUUCCAGUUUUAGCUGCAAAAACUGUCAGAAUUAAUGAUUUCAAUGGAAAGUCUGUUGGGACUAUAAUGACUAGCCUACUGUUCGUAGAGCCUGAUUUUCCAGAGGCUUACACACUGAAAAGAUGGUUUGAAAAUGAAGGGAAGAAUGUUCCAACUCUCUCUAUCUCCAGAGAUACAUCUAGUUUUCCUAAGAAUGAUAAUCGGAAAACUGUAUCUCAAAUUAAAGAUGAGAAGUUAGGGACUUCAGAGAAGCCUGAUUGGAUAUCGGUCUGUGCAACUAUUUCAUACCUAAAGUGUGAUAACUUCUGUUACCCAGGAUGUCCUAUCAUGAUAGGGGAUAGACAAUGUAACAAAAAAGUGACUAACAAUGGUGAUGGAAAAUGGAUUUGUGAUAGGUGUAACCAAUCUGUUGACGCUUGUGAUUAUAGGUACAUACUGUCAUUCCAGAUAAUGGAUCACACAGGUGUAACAUGGGUUACUGCUUUCCAGGAGAGUGGUGAGGAGAUCAUGGGCAUGCCUGCAAAAGAUUUGUAUUAUCUGAAGUAUGAAGAGCAAGAUGAUGAAAGAUUUGCUGAAAUCAUCCGGAAGGUUAUCUUCACCGAGUACGUGUUCAAGUUGAAAGUAAAGGAGGAAACAUUCAGUGAUGAACAACGCGUUAAGUCAACUGUGGUUAAAGCAGAAAAGGUAAACUAUGCAUCUAAAUCCAGAGUUAGUUUGGAAUUGAUUGAUAAACUCUUGACUGGGAAAUCAGAAGGUGCUACCACCGUUACCAACUCGUUAUCCGGUAAUACUGGAAUGGGGACUGUUGAAACUGGUCAAGUAAUGCCACCAGCUUAUAACCCAAUAAAGAGUAGCACUAAUAGUAAUAGAGAUUUUGGGAUGCCAGCAAAUCAAGUGGGUCAACAACAAUAUGGAAACCAAUAUGGCAAUUUUGGUUCAGCAGGUGCUGCUGGUGCAUAUACAUCAUGCACCAACUGUGGAGGUUCUGGUCAUACUUCUAUACUUUGCCCAAAUGUUAGAAAUGUGUCUGGACAGUCUUCAGGAGGGGGCUUUUCCAACAGGGCAUCAUAUGGUGGAUCAGGUGGUGGUGGUGGUGCUUCUGGUGAAUGUUUUAAAUGCCAUCAACCUGGCCACUGGGCAAGAGACUGUCCUGGUUCCGGUGCAGCAACUGCUUCAUAUGGAAGCACUAAUACAAUGCAUGGAAGAUUUGGAGGAUAUUGAAAUUUUGCAAGCCCUUGUUGUCUUUUUUGGAGCUCAGUUUCACUUGUUUCAAGUUCCUCUGUCUUAAAUAUGUAAAAGCAGUUUGGGCCUAAUUCUGUAUAUACAGGACAUAAUUAUGUGGUGUUGGUGCGACGGUUAUCGCUGCCGACAAUGCAACUGUCAAACCAUGUCUUUUGAUCUCGACCAUUUUACUAUUUAGCUGAUGCAGUUGAUCAUUAUAGAUAUGUUUUAA